GCCCGCCGCUCCUCAGUAACGCGAGCGCCUUCGUGGAGUUUGGUAUUUCGUUUCUUUGCCGCUCGUGCCGUGCGUCGUCGUCGUGGUAACGCGCAACGCGGCGGCAACGCGUUCGUCGUUCUGUCUUUCUUUGUCCGUGUCGAUCGUGUGUUACGUUUACAGUGUUAACGUCGCUAGUGUUUACCGAGCACGUUUACCGUGAAUUAUCGUCGCAUCGAGACAAGUGAUUUGGUGAUCGAGAGAGAAAGAGAAAGAAAGAGACAGAGAGAGAGAGAGAAAGCGCCUUGUUGUUCGCGCGCGCGCGCGCGACGUCUUUCGCUGAAGAAUUCGGAGCCCGCGUUUUGUACAACAUCCGUCGAGAGCUGGUAAACAAAGAGCCGGGGGAACGGCGGAAUCGAGCGAAUCAACAGAGUUGAGGAAACGGCGCGUACGACUCAAGGUCUUGAUCCGUCCAAGUGUGUGUCGUGUGGUCGUAAGUUUUCGAAUUCGUCGUCAUCGUCGUCGUCGCGGCCGCGCGCGCCGCGCGAACGAGAAUGCCGGGACGCGUGACGCGGUCGGUCGGGGAGGAGCAGCGGCGUGCUCGCGCCGGUUUGGUUUUCGGGUCGCCGAGCGGCGACUGAGGGGAGAAGAAGAGAAGAGAAGAAGGGAGAAUGCGAAGGAUCAUCCCGCGGGAGCAGCAGCCGGCGCGGUGUGUUGGGUAGCGGCGUGCCGCGUGUAGGUGCCGGAAAAAUAGUAAGAGGAGGAGGGUGAUCUGUCUCUUUUCUCUCUCUCUCUCUCUCUGUCGUCCUCGGGUCGGCGAGGAUGGCCGGCUGGUGGCGAGUGGCGCUGAUCCGCAACGUAGGUGCUGCUGCUUCUGUUGUUGCCGCUGCGGCUGCCGCUGUCGCGCGCCGCGACAUCGAGUCGCGACACGACGUAACGGCCACGUGCCGUAGCGGACGCGUUGUCGUUGCCUAGUGGCAUUAACUUUUCCCUCCCUCCCCCCCCCCCAUCCCUCCUCACCCUCUUAUCGUGACCGCCGGGUGAUUGCGUGCCGAGCAUGUCGUAACCGCGCGUUUCAGAACACGCGAUCGGAGUGUAUUCGCCCACUAUAUUCAUCUUUCGACGUAUAAACAAAAGUACGGAGCUGCUCGCUCGCACAUGUACUUGUCAAGUAAGAGCGGCUGAGUCCUACUCGCGUCAAGAGAGAGAAAAAGAGAGAGAGAUUCGUCGCUGCCGUUUUUCACCCAGCUUCCGCAAAGACGAGAAUAGAAAAGAAAGAGGUGGCUGUUCUUCGCAGGAUAGAAUAAUAUGUGAAAGAUAUUUCUUCGCGUGAUUGUGUGAGAAAAAUUGUUCAUCGGGAUCAUUCAAAGCUUCGACAUAGGAGAAUAGUGAGGUGAGAUCGCGUUUUAAUGUGUAACGCAACGAGUCUGCCACGUCUACCUUCCGUCCGGUUGUGCACCCUCGGAUAACGCGCGCGAAUUCCCCUCGUGUAUGACGAAUGCUACUCCUACGAAGUGCAGUGAUACGUAACGUCCCUAACGUCCCUUCUGUCGCAGUGAUCGUUCAGUGACAGAGAAAUCGUCGUUGGUCCGUUAUUUUGUGAAUGGGAGAAUUUCAAAAAUGUAAUGGAUUCUAAGGCGAUCUCUCACAAGACUGAAAUCAAGUUGACACGCAGACACAUGUCGACGAAAGGUGCAAAACAUCCGUCCGAGAUGGUUUGCGCGUGUUGUUGUUGUUGACGUGCCGCACGUGUGUCUUUAAACUUUUGUCGUCGGCCGAGCUAGGAUAAGAUUGAAGAAUUUAAAAGAUAGGAGGAUAGUGAGAGGAACAAGUGGAAGAGAAAGAGAGAGUGAGAUAUCGCGCGUGUGAGUGUGUGUACGAAAGCGGGAAAAAGAAAGUAGAAGGAAAGGAGAAAGUGAAGAGGGAGAGAGGGAGAGAAAAGAAGGAACACGUUUGAUCGUCGUCUAGUCCAAAGCGCCCAGCGGGAGUUCGAGAAGGAGAGGGUGAAGAGCGCCGAGUGGAGGAGGGGGAGUGAUGCCGGCGGUGAGCGUGGCACAGCGCCCUCCAGGUGGAAUCCCACUCCACGCCGGCGUGCCGGUAGCACCCAGCAGCGUAACCGCCCCCGGUCCGUCGGGCCGGUGCCUCGGGGGCCCGGCAGCGCCCCCCGCCGGCUCGCCACCGCUGCCGCCGUCCUUGCAAUCCCUUGGCGGCGGCAUCGUCGUCGCCAACAGCAGCAGCAACAGCAACGUCAAUCCCAACCAUCAUCACCACCACCACCACCACCACCACCAGCACCAUCAUCACCACAACAACCACAACCACCACCACAGCAUCAGCAAUAACAACAACGCGCUCGGUGUCGGUGUCGGUGUCGGCGGCGGUGUUGUCAACUCCAGCAACGCCGUCAACAACAAUCACCAUCUCGGCAACAACAACGCCCUCGUAGGCAUCAACACGACGAGCGGCGCCACGAAUCCCCUACAGGCGAUGGCGUCGGCGGCGGCAUCGCUCACGCAGCUCAACAACAUGGCGAACGGCCCGUUACCGCCACUCGCGGGCACAGGCCCAGGCGGACCACCGAGCCUGCCGCCGCCGCAGCCGGCGACAACGCCGACGCACGGCGGUCCACCGACCCCGCACGGCGGGGUCAGCGCGGCGCCUCAUCUCAACGGCGCCUCGCCGAGUCCCCAUCCGAUGCCGCCCCACGGAAUGAUGAGCGGUUCGCCUCACACGCCUCACCCGCAUAUGGGGGGCGGCGGACCCUCGCCCCAUCCUCAUCACCCCGGCCCCCACAUGGGGGUUGGCUCGCCGCAUCAUCCAGCGGCGCCCCCGCCGCAUCCCGGAAUGGGCCCGGCUGGCAUGAUGGGUCCGGCCGGGAUGCAGCCUCAGGCCGCGCCCGGGAUGUGCGGUCCCGGGCCUACCGGUCCGAUGGGUCCGCACGCGCAUCCCCAGGGACCCGCCGCCGGCGUACCUGGACAACCGCAUUUGCACAAUGACCCCUUCUUCAACUGCCAGCCUUUCCCGUCGCACUAUUACAACAGAUCGUUGCCUGUCCCCAGGAGGCAUACUCCCUUUGGAAUCAGCCAACCAGACUACAGAAUUCACGAGUUGAACAAGAGGUUAUCGCAGCGUACGGAGGACAGCGACAACGUCUGGUGGGACUCCUUCGCGAGCGAAUUCUUCGAAGACGACGCCACUCUCACCCUCCACGUCUGCUUGGAAGACGGUCCGAAGAGAUAUUCGAUAGGAAGGACGUUAAUACCUAGGUACUUUCGUUCGAUAUUCGAUGGCGGUGUAACGGAACUGUACUACACCAUGAAGAACCAGAAAGAGUCGUUCCACAACACCAGCAUCACUCUCGACUGCGAUCAGUGCACUAUGGUCACGCAAUACGGAAAGCCGAUGUACACCAAGGUGUUAACGGAGGGUAGGUUAAUAUUGGAGUUCACCUUCGACGACCUCAUGAGGAUAAAGUCGUGGCAUAUGUCGGUGAGGACGCAUCGGGAGUUGGUACCGAGGAGUGUUGUCAGUAUGCAGCAGGAUCCGACGAUGCUCGAGCAGAUUAGCAAAAACAUCACCAGGCAGGGCAUGUCCAACUUCACUCUCAACUACCUUAGACUAUGCGUGAUUUUGGAGCCAAUGCAGGAACUGAUGUCGAGGCAUAAGGCGUAUGCUUUGUCACCUCGCGAUUGUUUGAAGACGACCUUGUUCCAGAAAUGGCAGAGGAUAGUUGCCCCGCCGGGUAAGAGAGAGUCUCAACGACCGGCCAGCAAAAGAAGAAAGCGAAAGGGCAGCACAUCUGGACCGGGCAACAAUGCACCUCCCGCGCCUAGCAAAAAGCGUUCACCAGGGCCAAAUUUUUCUCUAGCGUCACAGGAUGUGAUGGUCGUGGGUGAACCUUCUUUGAUGGGUGGAGAAUUCGGUGACGAGGAUGAACGGUUAAUCACGAGGUUGGAAAAUACGCAGUACGAUGCCGCAAAUAACCUGGAUCCUCAUAGUCACGACGCAUCCGGUGGACCACCACCUCAUCCGCAUCAGUUCCAUUCGGAACCGACCCCGGGCAAUUCCUGGCCGCCAGAUCGCGGUCCUGGUCCACCACAGGGAGGUCCUGGUUCUCAGGGAGUCCAGGGUGGUCAGGCGGGCGCGGCCGCGGGUGUACAGGGAACGCAGGACGCCAGUCAGCAGCAGCAAGACAAGAAGAGCCCCGCGGUGAGCCAGUGAGGCCAGGAGUCCCCGCGCCCCCCCACCAGGGGGCGACGGGGGCGCAGGCCCAAGAACGUGGCUCCCUAGCGGGGCGAGAAUCCUAGCCUCCCCACUGCCGCCGCC